CCUAGAUGUUACUUUGUUGUCUCCCCAACAGCUAGUUUUUCUCCUAUUUAUAUCUGAUGUACAUCUCAUUCAAAUUAACAAGUUGAAUACAAAAGAACUUCUCUCCAUUCAUCUAUUUUCGUCACUCUAUAUUCAACCAUUCUUUCUCCCAUCUUUCUUUCAUUGUUAAGCACCAAAUUUGCAGAAAAUCUUUAUGGUAUCAGAGCAUUAAGGUCCAAGACCCCUCUGUUCCAAAUAUAUUUCUAUUCCGCUGCAUAAACCAAAGCAAAUUCCUUCUUAUCUUUCUUUGAUAGAAAGAGGAGUCUGCUAGUGUUCUCAACCCAUUUCCUACCCUUUUGUUUUACAUUUUUCAAUUGAAAAGCCUAUGGAUACUCAAUCAAAACUCAUUCCUAUCACCCUCAAUGGUGAAAACUACUUCUACUGGACAAAAGCUGCAACAACAGCUCUCAACAGCAAAGGAUUGUGGGAGCAUGUUUCAACCGAAAAACGGUUCUUUCCCCCACAAGAAGUGGCAUUUGAAGGAGAGACACCGGAACAAGCACAACAACGAAUGCAAAGGAAUCAACAAAGUGUGCUCGAUUUUAACAAAUGGAAACAGGAGGAUAGUCAAGCCUUGGUUAUACUUCAAGGCUCCCUGGAACCUUAUCUUCUGCAGUCUUUCAUUUCCCAUGACACAACAAAAUCGCUUUGGGAAUCCCUGCAGAAUGUUUACGGUAACCUUUCCAAUGUUAGUCGAAUUUUUGAGUUAAAAAAGAAACUUUUUCACCUACAGCAGAAUGAUCAGCCAUUCAACAAGAUUCAAGGCGAAUUUUCUGCUUUAUGGGCUGAACUUGAAGAAAUUAGGCCAACUUCUAUCGAUCCACAAAUCGUUAUGGAAAGAGCUCAAGAAGACAAGGUGUUCUCCAUUCUUACCACUCUUAAUGCAUCAUUUAAUGAUCUGAUUUAUUAUGUACUUCGACAACCUAAGCUUCCAACAUUUGAAGAGGUAUGUAUGAUGAUUAAGAGGGAAGAGGGAGGUCGAAAUUUAUUCACCGGUCCUCAUGAGCUUGCACAUUACACUACAAAACCUACUGCAAAUAACUAUGCUCCAAGGGACAGAAAAUCCUUUUAUUGUGAGCAUUGCAAACGUCAAGGGCACACCAAAGACCGCUGUUGGGUGGUUAAUCCUCAUCUAAAACCAUCAAGGUAUAAAGACGCUCCUCGUCGCGGUUCUGCAAUGACCGCCGGUCAUGAUACCACUUCAAACGAUGGAACCAUCAGCCUCACAACUGAUGAGAUGAGAGGCCUUAAACAACUUCUUCAAUCUCUCAACAAAGAGACUGGAUAUUAACUCAGACCAUGUGUUUGGAAAUGGCACAAGGACGGGCAAUCUCUUUUACAUCGCAGAAUCUCAUUCUAGUUUUUUCUCCGUUUCACCUAGUGUGUGGCAUGCUCGCUUUGGACAUCCACACUCUAAAGUUUUACAUUUACUUGUUCCCAACGUUAAGUCAUUUGAACACAUUUGUGAAGCUUGUACUUUAGGGAAACAUUGUCGAACGGUUUUUCCGAUUUCCUCUACUAUCUAUGAGCAUGCUUUUGAUUUAGUUCA